AUGUCCAGCACCGCCGCCCAACCACCACCCGCCGCUUCCUCCAUAAGCGCGCCGGCGCCGCUAGUGAUGCAACUCAUCGUCGACGGCGGCUCACCGUCCACGCUGUCAUGGCCCAAAGGCCCGUGGAUGGCGCAGUCCGCGCACGCAGCCAUCAGCGCCAUCCAAGUCUCGCUCUCUUCCGCGCACACUCAACAAUACAUCUCAGCGUCAAAUUUGGCAUCGAUGCACAAAGUCGUGCUCCAAACCCCGGCUUCAGGCAAAGCGAAGAUGGACCUGCUCCAGCUGUCGACGAAGCUUACAGAAGCGAGGAAAGCGUACGAAGCGGCGAAGGAACAGGGUGAAGGGCAAGAGGAGGAAGAGUUUCCACAGCAUUAUCUAUGGGUGGAACAGCCGGAGAACGUGCCGACUUGCUUGGCCAUUGCUCCAAAUAGCAAACCCGCUGCGUUGAAGAAGAUUCUGCGCCCUUGUACGCUUCUCAAGGAUUAG